GAAUGCAGCAUCCCUAUGGAUUCGUCGUGCCGUGAGAUGUUCAUCUGGAUCGCUUCCACUGCCGUUGCGUUCGCCCUUCUACAAGAACAUGGCGCCAAUGCAAUUCACGUCGAUGUUUCUCCAAGAAAUCCAACAGUGAAGGUGGGACAGAACUUCACGUUUAUGUGUCUGGUAGCGAAACCACUCAUGUACUGCCGUAUUCAGAUGCCAGGAGUAAGUGGUGGUCUCAACUUGAACGAGAAUUCUGAAAGGAACACUGAAUACUGGUAUGCAGGUGACAGCAUUACGAGAGGCCAGUGUGGAAUCACCAUUAACCGGAUGACAGACAAAUACAAUGGCCAGUUCAAGUGCUCGUUGGGUUUCUCUGGCGAGUCAAAUGAGUCUGAGGGAACCACCAAUGUCACAGUUGCAAGGCCCCCACAAAAUCCGCCUGACCUCAUGGUCACUCCAGAGUUUGAUCGCCACUUUAAUGCGUAUAGUGAAGACACAUCUAUAAACGCAAUGUGUACGGUGAGAGACGCACGGCCAGCAGCUGAUCUUUCAUGGUUUAUGGGCGAUGACCAGAUUACAGAUGGAUUAAGUCGCCUCGAAAUUGUGGAGUCACCAACAAAUCUAUUCACAGUACACCAGAAUCUUACACGCAAGUUGACUUGGAAGGAUAAUGCUAAGGAUCUAAAGUGUGUUGCAACACAUAUUGCACUAGACAGAGUGUUAUCGACCAUCAAGCAGAUUAAUGUGAGAUUUGCACCUCGCCCAAUACCUGGAACAAUUGAACAGUUUGGGUUUAAAGUGGGAGACGAAGGCAUUAUUUCUGUCCAAAUUCAAGCCUAUCCUAAGCCUCGCCUCACAUGGUACGUUGAUCAAGAGAGCUUUCCUGAGGGACGUAUGGACUCUUCACAACGAUUUGAGGCUAUCUCAGCGAGAGCCAUGGGCAAUGGCACAUGGGAGGGACAGCUCCUCAUAAUGCGUGUCAGUGCCGAUGAUGUGACCAGACAAUAUGUUUUGAAGGCAACAAAUGAUGUGGGUGAACAGACGUACAGAGUGAGCAUCUCCACCAGCACAGAACCAGAAGGAUCACUGGAACUUGGAACUGGCCCCAUCAUUGGAAUUGUUGUGGCUGUCCUGGUGCUUCUCAUUGCUUUGUUCAUGCUUGGAUUUGCCCGAACAACAGGUCGCUGGUGUUUUGCAGCAGGUGGCACUGGUCGCGGCGGCACAAGCCACUCAAGCAGUGAGGCUCAUAUUGAUCCUGAGAACCAGCAACAUGCCCAUACUGAGAAACCUGCAUCAGGUCAACAAGGUGAAGGGGAGGGGGGCAUGGAAAACCCAUCAGUCAAUCACAACAUCAGCACUGAAUAUAUCAAUGGCAACAAUCCACAGGACGCAAAGAAGAACGACAAGGACACACCUGUUUAAGCGAUGUAUAUUUUUGAACUUGGUGUGGUGGCAGUGGAUUUUAGUAUGACGGCACACUGAUUUUGUAACCUGUAACUGUACAGAAAUUGACUAGGUCUUUAAAAAAGAAGUUAAAAUGUAGUUUAUAGGUUAGAGAUUUGGUAUUUUUAGUAAUAAAGACAAACCCUAUAUCCUCAAUACCGUAAGGAUGCAUAUUAAUUAAUACUGAUCAAGUCACUUUGCACUUAUUAGUCAACUUUGUUGCUGUAUUUAUACUUUGAUUACUUUCUCUUUGCAUUGGGAGUUCUUAAGUUGUCACAUUCACUGCCAGGCAUCUGAAUGCCAGUUUUAAACUUGUGGGCCAAGCAACCAUGCUAAAGUAUUUUUUUCAUUCAAUAAAACAAGUGAUUCUGUCUAUAUAUAAUCCCCCCCCCCUCCAAAGUCUGUUCAGAAACCUCUGAUGUUUUGUGUGAAGUUGUUUGGAAACUUGGAAAAUGCAUAAAAUAUUAUAACUUUGAUGGUACCAUUUUUGGUACUGUGAGAGCAUGACCACUUGAAAAGCAGUGAGUGCGUUAAUUACUAUAGGUUACUAACUGAAGUAGGAGCAACAAAUAUAUAAUUCCUCUGAAAGUACUGGAUUUACCUUUUGGAUAUAACACAUUUUAAUUUUGUUGGCAGUAUAUGAAAUCUGAGGUUCUCAUAGUAUUGAAGAUGUUGAUGUAGCUACUGAGUGGUAAUGCCAUGUUAAAUUAUAGAUGGAUAAUAAUGUUUUAGAGGGACAGUGUUAUCUACCUACAAGUCCAUACUGUAUUACAACCCAGAAUACAUUGACUUUGUUGAUGGCAGGUUACAGAAUCAGCUGUGCUUUAGUAAAUAUUUGUCAUUGUUCUGAACCACAGUGAACUCAAAUAUCCAUAGCCCUUCUGAGAGAGGGAUGUGUAAUCUCAGUUCUUAUUGUUGUGAAAGUACCCUUCUUUUUACAAGAAGCAGAUAUUUUGUGAAUUGUAAUACCAAAUGUUUAUGAGUGUACGCCGAACUGACAGUGCAGUAUGCCAAUUCAUUUACGCAGUUUCUACUAUGGCAGGUAAACUGACAGUUGAAUCUCCUGCUCAUUUGAGUGAUGCUUGUUUGUUCAAUUUUGGUGUAAAAGUAGUGUGUAAUGUACUUGUUUAUAGCAUUAUGAUAUUUUUGUAUGUGCGAGUCCCUGUUAAUGAAACAAAAUGUUUGAGGAUAUUGGGGUUCAAGGACAUUAUUUGUCAUCCUAAUGAUGUUUCAUAGGCAUCAGUUCUCAGAAAUUAUCAGUUUAUUUUCAACAGUUACUUUUAAAAAAUACUUAAUAAUGGUUAUAGCCAUUGUUGGAUGAAAAGUAUAUUGAUAGUUUAUUUGGAUUUAAUUUUUGGGAUGUUUUAAGUAAAUCUGGUUUUAUCACACAGAUUUACAAAUCAUUUAUGCCAUUGGACAUAAAUGUUGAUUCUCUCUUCAGGAAACCUACCUUUUUUAAUAAAAUGUUGUGAGAAAAAGUUUUUUUCAUGUUAUCCAAAGCUCUUAUUGUUGGUUUUGUAUUGUGUGAGCAGUCAGAAACCUAUUCAGCAUAUGACGUAAGGUAUUUAAAGAAGUUGAUUUUUGUAGAUCAUCAGCUACUUAUGCCAAGAAGCAGUCACGUUGUAGAUAGAGUUUUAACAUUAAAAACCACCAUUUACAGUAACAUGUAUUAAUUAGUCCAUUAGUUUUUAAUUUAAUUGUUCAGUUUUCAAGUUUUGUAUAAAUUGUCAAUUGGUACAAAAUUUCUUGAGCUAAACACGUGCAGACAGCGUGAGAGGGCCUUUUCUCAUUUAUGUCACUUUGGAAUCCCCCCCCCUUUUUUUUGUGAGAAACAGGCAUGUGUGGCAUCUGUCAGUGGUAUUGUCCUUGAUCCUCAUUGUCUUCUGUCCCAUGAACAGGGCAACCUACAAUUAGGAAAGAUCUGUAAAUCAAAGUAACAAAUAUGUUACUGUGUGCAUAGCAACAAUGCAGUGAUACUGCCUCACAAAUUCCAGAUUUAUAUUGGAAAUUUGAAACUUAGUGAACAAAUAUAGAAGAGAGAUGGAAGAUAGUAUUGUGUGUGUUUCCGUGUGCUCAUCCUAUAUGUGCAGGUUCUCAAGAAAUGUUUCUGAUUUUGAUGUGUGAUGUGACAUGUGGUUGCUGACCAUGUGUGUAUUCAUUUUUGCAAAGAUUUGGAAACAUGUUGCAUUUAGACAUGGUAGUUUAAUGGUAAAUGUAAUGAGUAUUUUCUCUUUUUAAAAAAGAGACAGUGGUAUUAUAAAAUGAUGCCCCACCAAAGCUUCAGAUACUGUCUUCAUUCAGUUUUUGUUAUAACUUCUGUGGUAGAUCAUUUUUUUGGCAUUACGAGGGUCCAACGCACUUCACGUCAACAGUUCACGAACAAAAAUCUGCAGUGCUGUUAUUAUGAACAAAAUAUUCGUUGCAACCACAUUCAGUUUUAAGUAACUGAUGCUCCUCAGAAAUUAUUUACUUAUUGACUUUUUCCAGGGUUUGCAGAAAAUAUGAAUGAUUGAAAUUAAAUUUUAUAACAAAUGUAGUUACCUAUGAAUUCUAAUAUUGUGUGGUUGUUAAAGUAUGCGAUACAUUACAAGAUUCUUCAAAAGCAAAUGUAAUCUGCAGGUGACUGUUUAAACACCGGUUGUUCCCUUGUAAUUACAUCACAUAAGAAGUCUGCCACAGUAUAUAUGUAUGUUUAUUGAGAUAUUUUAAAUGUUUCCAGCAUUCGGAUAAUUAAUUGUGAUAUUACAAAACUGUAUAGGGUGAUCUCAACAUGAGUGUGAUGCAUACUGCUGGGCAGCUUAUUAUCUGUUUGGCAUUGAACAUUGUAAAGAUGAUAUAUUCUCAUAACAUUCUCAGAAAUAUUAGUAAGUUUUUUAUGAUAAACUUUAUUGAUAUGUUAUAUGUGUUAACAAUUAUGUAACAAUACUCUUAAGAGGUUCUUGUUCAGCCAUCACAAGUAAUUUUUUUGGGACAGACCCUUUCCAUUCAGCUGUUGGUGGUUGGAGUAUGUUCACCAUUCCUGAGUCCUUGUUCCAGUCUCCAGCCAGGUAGUGACCACCAAUUCUUGAUUUUCUCUUUCUAUUACUGAAUUUGUGCUGCCAUCUGUUCUCUGUCUUAUAAUGAUUUACUGCAUCCUUGAUUAUUGCCAGUUGACAGAAAUUUUGUUGUAAAGAAUGUUCUCGUAAGCAAGUGAUCUUUGCUGUAAACUCCAGUUUCUCACCCAUAAUAAAUCUAGACUUAUAGGUCCCCUCUGUCAUCUGUCAUUAUCAUCUUAUCAUUGAUAGUAGAAGAAAAUGGCUGCUACAACCUUAGGAAUGAAUUUAGGUGGGGGAGGGGGGGGUCUGGGAGAUGCCAGGAAAUUUGGUAAAACCAUAUCUGUAGGCAUUUUCCACACCAACAAACAUUGGAUAUUGUACAUGCAAAAGGAAAGUUGAAAGGGUUAAAAAUGUUUACCAUUCUUAGAAACAUUUUUAGUAAUAUGUCUAAGUUUUAAAUAAUGACCGCUGUUAUUUAUGGUUAUAUUUUUUAAGACCAUGCAUGUUGGCAAACACCCAUUCUGGAUAAAGUGAUACCAAGUGUAUUAUGUGUAGCAUAUAUUCUCACAUUAAUUUUCUACCCAGAGAUUAAGAUAUGUGGAAACUUGUGAGAAACAAUGCAAGCCCAUGUCAUUCCCUUACAAUGAUCAUGUUAAUUCCAAUACAACAUUCUCACACACUUUUUUGUUUUCUCAUCUAUUACAACAGUAUUGAAUUUUUAUGCACAUACACGAGUAUGCGCAUAAAAAUUUAGGUCAUAAUUAUGAAUAACUUAAUUUUUGCUCUGUAUAGAAUUUAUUAUGCAUUUGUAUUACCAUUUCUUGUUAUUUCUUUGUUUCAAUUUAUUUUAAUAGCCACUGUGUACAUCAUUGACAAUCAAGUCUCUUGUUCCUCAUGAUUUUAACUUUUUAACUGCUGCAGUGCCACUGUAUUUGACAUUCUGCAUUAUGAACCUUUAAUUUGCAGUGACUGCAAUUCUUCUGUCUGCUGCUGUUGGUAUAUUUUUUUCCCUAUAUCCUCAGACAUAUCUGUUAUGAAUGAUUAGUCUAGACGUCAGUGCCACUUUUUGUUUUUUAUCCCAUUGUCAUAAUUGGUCUUUUCUACUUGAGUUUGCUAUGAAACUGAGGCUGCAAUGAAAAACAUGUCCUUGUGCAACCAAUGUAAAAUUUGUUAGAUCAGUGGAGUACAUGAAAAUGUUAGAGCAAUCCUUCCUUGCUGAAAGGUUGAUAUCUUUUCCAUUUGAAAUGUGUGGAAGAGAUGGGAAUUCAGAUGCUUGUAUUUAGGUAGCAGUUAAAUGGUUAAAAUUUUGUCCCCCCCACCCCUAUCCUCCUCUAACCCUCAAAAUCUACUUUGAAGUACAAUUUUAGAUGUGGUGUCAAAUGUGAAGGUAUAGAACUGGCCUGUAACUAGUGUGAAACAAGCAGUUGUGAUAAUAUCAGCACUCCACAAUGAUUUUAGUUUUAGGAUGUUCAGAUGUAUGUAAUUUGUCAUAAUUAAAACAAGACAAUAAGUGUACAAUCUUUCCACUUAUUUUGUUCUCAUUUAGUGUGCAGAGUGUAAGCCACUUACUUUAUUACUUGAAGAAGGAAUCUGGUAUUUCAUGUUUGUCUGUAUUCAGACACGGUGAAAUUUAGUAGAUAAGGUUUGGCCUGUUGGCUGGCCCAGAGUGCUGAAACUGAAAAGAGGAAAUCAGCAGAAUAUAGAAGCAGAUAUUAAAUUAGAUCUGUACCUUAGAUAUGGACAUCCCAUAAUACCAAUUCAGAGUGUGUGUGUGGUUUAUGGUUUUUUAGGUCCUUUUUUCCAUGAAAAAAUAUUCAUGGACUAUGAGAGUUUAACAGUCACUGUUUAACCUCAUUAGUACAAGUGUGGUGACAAAUGACCUCAUGAAAACCUAGUGUGAUCUAAUGGUUCUUCAGUUUAAUAUUUUGUUCAUAUCAGUAUGUAUUCAGUUUUUUGUAAUAGUCACUUCAUUUAAAAAUGAACUUUGUGGUUAAUAUCAGCAAAUAGAUAACUAUAUGUAUAAUUUAGGCCAGAAUUGUUUAAAAAAUAAAUGACGUGUUAUAUUUUAAUCAGUGAUGGAAACUGAAUGAAUUUCUUAUUCAAAGAAAUUAUCUAUUAAAAUAUGACUCCAAUUAUUAUCUUCUAACAUAAGCAAUCACAUCUCCAGCGUACAUCAGAUGUGUCAGGUGGAAGAAUGAUUUAACUAAUGCUAGCAAUUUGUGGGGUUUUUAAUUGGUGUUGAUAUAAUUGUGGUUUGUAAGGUUAAUGAGCAGCACAAAUCUCAAAUAUUUUAUGUUUGUUGCAUGUCCACUGACAGGCAUCAGGUGUCAGUGGAGACCUGCAGGGUGUGUGGUCCAUUUGCAUACUAUUGACCAACAUUUCAUUGUUACAUUCAUGUAAGAGAAAUAUAUGUAGCCGUGUUGUUCUAUAUAGUAAUUCAAUAUGGAUAUUCCCAAACAUGUAUGGAGUAUGAAUACGAAAUUUGAACAACAGAUUGAGAAUUAUUUCAUUACAUUUAAUUUGUAGAAGUAUGUUAUAUGGAGACUUCUUCAUUCAAGUCAUGGGACGUAAAAAUUGUACUGAGUUUAAUCAGGUCAUACAUACACGUCUCAAAAUUGGAUGGUAAAACGUCAGAUCUGGUUACUUUAUUUUUUGUAUAAUUUGUGUAAGUAACUUGCUAGUUGCUGAAAAUUGCUGCUGUAGAUACUGACUGCAGAAUUUAUAAGUAUACUUGUAGCAAGAUAUCUCUGAGCUUCGUUGACAUUGAUGGCCAGGCAGAUGAGGUAUGGGGACCUCAGUCUCACAGAUAUCUUGUUUCCAGUAUAGCAUUCCUGAAGAAUGAAACACUGCAAGUUUCUUGUAUGUGUAAUCUGUAAAGAGAUGCUGAUAACAUUUAAUUUAGUGCAUAUUUUCUUACAUUAUCAGAAAUCUGCCUGUACAUGUUAAGGAGUUGUAGAUCUUUCUGAAGUAUCUUACAUGAAUAUGGAGGAACAUGGGUGGAAUAGAUUUUGGUGCACAUGACAGUUUAAAGAUGAUGGCUCAUUUUAUCAUCCGGCCAUGGGUUUAACUGUGCUAGGGGAGAGCUGUUGUUUUUGCACUGUAAAAAUUUUUUCUAAACAAUUGUGACAUUAAAUCAUUGUGUGAUACAAAUUAUGCUUAAUGUUUAACUUCUGCCAAAUAAAUCUGCCUCUCUGUCACCAUAAUUGUCAUAUAGUAAUCUGCUGUGCUGUUAACAUUACUUAGGAGAUUAAAUGCCUGGAAUGUUGUUCUUCUUAUGCUAUGCUGACUAUAGCAUUGCUUCUCGGAAUGAAUGCAUUGUGACAUUCACUGAUCACAAAAUGGUGUUGCUAACACAAGAGAAAUGCGGAGGACGUUGGGUUAAACAUGUGAUAUUUUUAAAUGGUAUUAUACCAGUGCUGUGGCAGAUAUGUUGACCAUGUCACCCUCUGUAAACAGUAAAGUUCCCCCUACUCAAAUACAGAUUUCUCUGUUAAUGGUUAUGAUUAUAGAUGUCAGUCACAUUGGUACCAGUUGAUCAGUGAAUAAUGAUUCUGUUAAAACUAUUGAAAUACUUCUUGCUUUCUAAUACUCUGUCAUGAACAGUGUUUUAAAUUUUUAGUAGCUUAUUUCAUAUACCACUUCCUCUCAUGCGUGUCUUUGCAGAUUUAGUUGGCCUUAACGGGAUAAUGUGAAGUUUCAGAAGUCUUAUUUUAUAUCAUUAUGCUCCAUCUCCACACUCAAGUGUCAGUGAGGGUACAUUUUUAAGACUAGGAUGACAUCUCAGGCAAAAUUAGUAAUGUCUUUCACAUGAAAUUUAAAUAUCUGAAUAGGGAAAAAUUCAUAGUUAUAUUAUAUAGUAUUCUGAACGGAAAGGUAACAAGACAUCAGUUCCUUCUGUGUGUAAGAUUAAAAAUGUGUUCCACUGUACUUUUAAUUAUAUUAUUUACAUAAAAUGAGACUGGGUAGAUGGAAUUGGAUUGCUAAUGGGAACACUGGGAUUUCCUCGUGUCCAGUGCAAAUGAAAUCUUGAAAUGUUGCUGCAGCACAGAUGUGACCACACAUCUACAUCUAAUCUCUUGGUUGAGUACCCAUAAACUUUAUCUUCACAUCCAUAUAUCAUGUCAUGAUCUGUUUUUUGUUUUUUUUAUCUUUUACGGUAUCAGUUGGCAGGUCUGUACAAAGGGGAUAUUUUUGGUAGUGUAAGAACAAAUGUUAUCAUGGUUAAUGUGAUGAGGAUGAAAUUACAUUCAGUAUUUGCCAUAUACAGCACCAAUGAUAUUCUAACCAUGGUCCUGUAGUUUAUAAAAUAAGGAGUACUUAUAAUUUUAAGAGUAUACAAUAAACACAAGAUUUAUAUUUAAAGUUAGAUGAAUCUGUUAGUGUAACUAUUCAUAUAAUAUAUUUUGAUGAUUAUGAAAGAGAAAUUAUUGUAAGUGUAUGCAUUCCAAUUUUAAAUAAUGUUGUAACAAUGUUUUCUUGAAGGAAAUGAGGUAAAGAGUAUUUCUUUUGUUUGUGUGUGUACUUGUGUGUAUGUAUGAUAUCUACAAUAUAAAUAUUUAUAUGGGAUGGGGUACAGAUUCAUAAAUAAGUUGUACAAAAUUAAAAUUUGAAACUGACUGGUCUUUAUAUAAUCAUGAAAUUAUCAUCAUUAUUGUAGUAGUAAUUACAUGAUUUUUGCUCAUUAUUCUUCA